AGGUGUAGCUGUUUGGUGACUUCUGUGUUGUACUCACCUACAUGUGGGUCCUCUCCUCGCAGCCCAUCCCGAUAUGAUAUAUCACUUUUUGUUUCAUCCUAAUGAAGAGAAACUUCUAACCGCUUCUACCAUUUCCCCACCCUGAGUCUCACUGAUACGAAAAACUGCCAGUUGUUGCAACGUCGUCUUAUACAUGGCGAUCCAAUAUUAGCCGGGUCGCAUACACGGCGGCAGUGGCAGGUACCAGAAGCCUUCUAAUAUACAGCAAGAACAACUUUUCAUUUAUCGAUAAACUUUGAUUGUUCAGUCGUGCGGCAAUCGAAAACCGAGAAAUGUCGUCCUCUUUGAGCAGUCUGCUGGGGGCCAGUUCUUCCACCAAAAAGGGUCAGCAGAAGAAAACCGAGUUGGUACCGAAAAAGUUGCGGAAACAGACGCGCUUCGAGACGAAGCACGAGUUUGAGCACUCGCUGCUGCUGCAAACCUACCAGUCCAAGAUUCGGUUCUGGCGCCACGUGCUGGACCCGGACAGCCAGGGCCGCAUCACCCAGCUCGAGUUCCUCCACAAACUGCGCAACCGGUGCAGCACCAAGCUGGACCUGAACCUGCUCCGCCUCUGGGAAGCGCUCCUCGUCGGGCCUAGCAAGAUGAUAUCAAAAGUAAAAAUGUCUGGGUCUGGAAACUUGUGAUGCUGGGUGGCGUCUCAUGAUGAGGCUACGAAUACUGGCUCAGCAUGACAAGUUUCUGAGCUCCUAGGUGUUGCCUAUUCUGCAUGACAAACUGCGGCUCUGCAUCACAGAAAAACGGAGCUCUUGGGUAACGUGCAUGACAGAUUUAAGAGUCAUGCCAGACAAGCAUGACAAACAUGAAUUCUUCCAGACCCAGACAUUUUUACAGUUGAUAGAUGAGCCGGGACGACGAUACGGACGAGGAAAGUGUUCCUGCCUCCACGGCGGACCAGAAAAUCGACCACUUUGGGGACCAGUUUAUGUAUCUCCAGCAUUUCGCGCCGGAGGGCACACUGCUGCUGAAGAACUUCCUGCUCGCCCUGCAGAUCCACUUUCACGGGCUGAACCAGCAGCAACUGCUAGAGGCCGUGUGGAAGGCGCUGACCGCCGACAAGGAGCGGGAGCAGAUCGACCGCAUGUUCACGCCGGUCAACGAGAUCGCGCUGGGGAAGCUGCUCGCGAGUUUGCGGUCGCUGGAGGAACGGAAGCUCGCCAUCGACCAGCGGCUCCGGCGCCGGCUGUUUCUGGACCUCACCCGGGUCUCCUCGUUGAACAAAAAUCACGAAUUUACGUCGAAUUCUCGCCAGUCCCUGAUGUUCGAGGACCUGCGUUGGCUGAUCUUCGACUUCCCCAAGGGCACGAUCAUGGAGCGCAGGGCCGAUAUCAACACGACCACCGGUACAACUGUGUUUGCGGACCAUGCUAUGAGCGGCGCAGGAGGACCACGAGCAGGAGGCACAGGUACUAGCAGAGGUAGUACAACAAGUUUUAAUCCUAGGUCUAGGACCAGCAUCUCGCCCCCUACUUCGCUCUCGCUGCACCACGUCGCUGCCGCCGCAGAGGUCCUUUUGGAGAAGUCGCCGCAACAGAGGCUGAAAAAGGAGAUUUACCAGCGGCGGGAGGGCGUGCUCGAGAAGGAGUCGCUGAAGUUGCACGCGAACCCCAGCGCCUACCAGGAGUACCGGGACGUGCGCAAGAUCCAGAACGAAAUCUCGCGUAUGACGCGGGGGAACCGCAUCCUCGAGGCGUCUUCAAGCAUUCCGGGAGAGGCGGACGGGUUGCCCCUCGGAGCCACGACCGGGAGCCCGGCUGUUCGGGAGCUCGGCAACGAGCAGCGCCUCAUCAAGCUCAAGUACCUUCGGCACCACCUGCCCAUCCUGGAGAAGCUGGUCACAGAGGUGCGCGACAUCCAGCAAAUUUUGUUCCACCAUCGGACUGGGCGGAUCCCCCGCGAACUGCACCUGCUGGAACACACGUAUCCACGGCAAAUGGGUUUGGGUCUGGAAGAUUGGUUUUUCAUGCAAUUUUCCCAAGCUCUACAGUGCAAAGAGUCUGCAAUGCACCGCUUAGCAUCACAUGUUCUGCAGCCGCUUGGCAAUGCCUAAGGUUCUGCAUGAGAGCAAUUCAGCAUGCCCAGAAAUAGGCAUCUUUUGCAAGUCAAGCGAGACAGAUAUUUGCGUGACCCUGACCCGGAACACUCGUUACAAAUUCACUCUCUUAUUUCAGACCCAGACAUAUUUGCAGUCGAUAGCACGUACCUUAAAGCGAUUCUGGAUUUGGAGAAGGAAAUCGAGGGCGAGAUUAAGUGUCUACAGGUGGUGGACUGAGAAGUUCCUGCUUCAGCUUGUGCGGUGUCAUUUUUUUGAUUUAUUCAUUCCACAGACAUAGUGGUCAUGGUCAUGGACCUAGACGUAGACCCGGCACUUCUGGUUCUGCUAGGGAAAUAAAGCCCUUUUUUGAGCACGGUAUUGUGGUUUAAUGCUUUCAAUGUGAGAAACUACCCUGUAGUGAUCUCCCUGUACUAGAAGGUGCGCUCUUGCAAAAGAAACUUUUCAAAAAGCAGUUUUUUAGUCCGUCGCAGUUGAGGAGGUGUCUAUUCCCAUUCCCUCCACUAGUUUCAGAAUAAUUCAAAAAGAAAAGUUUUUGAUCAAGCAGAUGACAAUCCUUCUUUCAAGGAUCUUUUGUCUACUUCCACGCAAAAUCGUCGACGAGGCAUAGAUACCAACGCCGCUAUCGUGGAUUGUAUUCUUCGCGCC